UCGCCAGUCGGAGCGCCAGUCUGAGGGCCUCCGAGGUAGCGGCAAGGCGGGCGCGGCGCGGCGGGGCGGAGGGGACAAGAUCAGGGCAGGAGGCAAGCGGUAAAUCGAAAGAGCCCCGCACAUCCAGCAAAAUGCUGUCCUGGCGGCUGCAGACGGGCUCGGAAAAGGCCGAGCUCCAGGAGCUCAAUGCUCGGCUUUAUGACUACGUGUGUCGGGUGCGGGAGCUGGAGCGCGAGAACCUGCUGCUGGAAGAGGAGCUGCGCAGCCGGUUGAGCCGGGAGGACCUCUGGAUCGAGGACCAGGCGCGCUUCGCCGAGGAGGCGCGCAGCCUGCGGCAGCAGCUGGACGAACUGAGCUGGUCCACAGCGCUGGCCGAGGGCGAGCGCGACGCGCUGCGGAGGGAGCUCCGGGAACUGCAGCGGGAGGGCGCCGAAGCCAGCUCUGCCCGCAGCCGCCUGGACGCCGAGCUGGGCGCGCAGCGGCGGGAGCUGGAGGAGGUGCUGGGAGCCCGCGCCGCCCUCGAAGCGUUGCUGGGCCAGCUAGAGGCCGAGCGCCGCGACCUGGACGCGGCCCACGAGCGCCAAGUGCGGGAGCUCCGCGCCCGCGCCGCCAGCCUCACCAUGCACUUCCGAGCCCGCGCCCCCGGCCCCGCCGCGCCCCCGCCGCGCCUGCGGGACGUGCACGACAGCUACGCGCUCCUGGUGGCCGAGUCGUGGCGGGAGAGCGUGCAGCUGUACGAGGACGAGGUGCGCGAGCUGGAGCAGGCGCUGCUCCGCGGCCAGGAGAGCCGGCGCCAGGCGGAGGACGAGGCGCGGCUGUGCGCGCAGGAGGCGGACGCGCUGCGGAACCAGGCGCUGGAGUUGGAGCAGCUGCGCGCACGGCUGGAGGAUGAGCUGCUGCGGAUGCAGGAGGAGUACGGGAUAGAGGCCGAGGAGCGGCAGAGAGUGAUUGACAGCCUGGAGGACGAGAAGGAAGCCCUCACCUUGGCCAUGGCUGACCGGCUGCGGGAGUACCAGGAGCUUGUGCAGGUGAAGACUGGCCUCAGCUUGGAGGUGGCCACCUACAGGGCCUUGUUGGAAGGAGAAAGCAAUCCGGAGAUACUGAUCUGGGCUAAGAACAUUGAAAACAUGCCACAAGAGUCCAGAAGCACAUCCUAUCGCUAUACCAACUCAGUAUUACAGAGGAAAAAUGAGAAAAAUCUAUUUCCAAGGCAAAAAACACCUUGGGCAGCUGUAAAUCACAGCUCAGCUCUGUAUUCUAACAGGCCAGGGCACCUUGACUCACAGACAACCACAACUGUUGGGAGCACUACUAGAAGGGGGUUCCUGGCCUCCGAGUAUUCCUCCUCAGCUACAACCCUGCAGCAAAAAUCCCUUGAGAAGACUGUCAAGAGUCAAGCCAGUCUCCGACCUGGCGCCCCAACUCAUGGCCAUCUGAGAAAUGCUGAUGCUCAAGUGAAAACAUUCCCUGAUCGAUCCAAAGUUGAAGGCACCAGGGACACCCCCAUACGGCUGGCCACCGAGUCCAUUAUCUCCAGAGAGUCACCCAAAGAUCACCGGGACAACGUGGUGGCAGGUGCCGUGAACAGCGCUCGGUCAAAUGAGAGAACUGUCAUUUUGGGAAAGAAACUAGAAGUGAAAGCCGCCAGGGAACAAGAAAGGGACAGAUCAGGGGUCAUCAAAUUAAAGCCAGAAGAGAAAAGGUUUGAUUCUAAAGAGAAGGGUUCAGAAGAAAGAAACCUGAGGUGGGAAGAGCUGACCAAGUUAGAUAGAGACGCAAGAACGAGAGAAAGCCAGCAGAGGAGGGACGAGAUCAAAGAGAAGAAAUCACUGCAGGAGGGAGGUGUGAAGGAAAGGGAAGUACCCAUCCAUCUAGAAGCAUCCCAGGGCAGCAGCCCGGAAGUGUCGACAAAAGGCUUGCAGUCACCCGGGAGGAUGGACGCUGGCAACGGUAAGGGAAGAGGGGCGGAAACCAAAGAGGCCAAGUUCCGGUUGGACACCCAGGACGCGGCCAGCUCCCUGCCAAGUGAUUCUAUGACAGAGACCGUAGCAGAAAACAUCGUCACCACCAUCCUCAAGCAGUUCACGCAGUCUCCAGAGGCGGAAGAGAAUGCCAGUUCUUUCCCAGACACAAAGGUCACUUACGUGGACAGGCAAGAACUCCCUGGCAGUAGGAAAACCAAGACGGAAAUUGUGGUGGAGUCUAAGCUGACAGAAGACGUUGAUGUGUCUGACGAAGCUGGCCUGGAAUACCUUUUAAGCAAGGAUGUCAAGGAAGUGAGGCUGAAAGGAGAGUCAGCUGAGAAGAUGAUAGGAGAGAUGAUCAACGUUGGUCUGAAAGGAAGAGAGGGGAGAGCCAAAGUCGUAAACGUGGAGAUUGUGGAAGAGCCCGUGAGCUACACAGGUGGUGGGAAAACGGAGUUUUCUACCCCCUUCCAAGUGGAAGAAGCCGAUGAUGUGUCUCCAAGCCCCAAGGGGUUUGUCGAGGAAGAGGAUGGUGAUGGAGAGACCCAUGUGCAGUUCUCAAUGCAUCAACAUCAAAGGACCAAGCAGCCCCAGGGGAGCAUCCCUCAUGUGGAAGAAGUGAUGGAGGCAGGUGGUGACUCAGAGGGAGAGCAGAGUUACUUUGUGUCUACCCCAGAUGAGUACCCCGGGGGGCAUGACAGAGAAGAUGAUGGAUCAGUGUAUGGGCAAAUCCACAUAGAGGAAGAGUCCACCAUCCGGUACUCAUGGCAAGAUGAAAUUGUGCAGGGCACUUGGCGAAGGAAAACGAGAGAUGACAUGGGGGAAGAGAAGCAUGUGAAGGUCCUGGAGAUUCCAGCACCUUCCCUGGGGGGUGCCGUUGGUUCUGCUCACUUAAAGGAAGAAGCUAGUGGUGAACUGCAUGCAGAACCCACAGUCAUUGAGAAAGAAAUCAAAAUACCGCAUGAGUUCCAUACCUCCAUCAAGGGGGUCUUCUCCAAUGAGCCCCGGCACCAGCUGGUGGAGGUCAUCGGGCAGCUGGAGGAAACCUUGCCGGAGCGCAUGAAGGAGGAGCUGUCUGCUCUGACCAGACAGGAUCAAGGAGAGCCGGGGAGUGUCUCAGUGGAUGUAAAGAAGGUCGAGAGCUCUGCUCCUGGUUCUGUGACCUUGAUGGCUGAAGUCAACCUCUCGCAGACGGUGGAUGCUGACCAGUUAGACCUGGAGGAGUUGAGCAGGGAUGAAGCUGGAGAAAUAGAGAGGGCUGUGGAGUCUGUGGUAAGAGAGAGCUUGACCAAGCGCUCCAGCCCAAUGCCUAGAAGCCCAGACAGGGAAGAUGGAGAGGAGGUGCCUGCUGGGGGCAUUCUCUUCAAGCGCUGGGCCACCAGGGAACUGUAUAGCCCAUCUGUUGAGAGGGAUGAUGCUGGCUGGACCCCUUCCAGCUCAGAUCAGCGUGUAACCCAGGGCCCAGUGUCGGCCACCGUUGAAGUCACCAGCCCAACAGGCUUUGUGCAGUCUCACACGCUGGAGGAUAUAAGCCAGUCUGUAAGGCAUGUUAAACUAGGCCCCACUGAAAUGUGGAAAACUGAGCAGGUGUCCUACGGAGGACCCACCGCACAGGUGGUGGAGGUAAGUGAGGACCUCAGUGAGGCAGUCAGCUCUGAGGGAGCCAGCCGCUCUGUGAGGCACAUUACAUUGGGUCCCCGUCAAAGUCGCGUGUCCACAGAAGUUACUUUCCGAGGCUCUGUGCCUACCUGGCGGGAAGCAGGAGACACAGAAGAGCCUCACCCAGCCUCACUGGCUGUAGAAGAAGACAUAUCCAGGAACCACAGAAUGUCUGGCUCUGAGCAGUUUCAUGCUGAAAAGGAAAUUCGUUUUCUGGGUCCUAUUUCUGGGGCAGCCCAGGCUGGUAGUAAUUUUGCAACAGAGGAGUCAGUGGGUACCCAGACUUUUGUUAGGCAUCUCCAGUUAGGCCCCAAAGAAGGGUUCAGGGAGGAAAUCCAGUUCAUAGCUCCCAUCCCAGACAAAGUGGAGUGGGGAGGAGAAGAGGAUUCUGAGCACACCAGAGUGUCUCUAGGGAGGAGUACAUCCAUCCAACAUGUUGACAUUGGGCCUCAGAGGCACCAAACCUCCAAGCUGAUAGCUCCACAGACCUUGGAAUUUAGGAACUCAGAAGGCACGGUUCUUGUGGAGGGCUCAGCAGGGAUGACCCAGGCCACUCACAGUUUCACCUCAGGUAGCGAAAUCCUGAGGAACAAUGAGAACACAUUCCAGAGGGUCAUUUCUGAGUCCCUUCCGGACAGUGUGGGGGACACAGGAGCAGAGGUGACAGCAGGCAUCAGCAGGUCCUUUAGGCACAUUCAGAUAGGCCCUACAGAGAAGGGCCCCUCUGAACACAUUGUCAUCCAUGGACCCAUGUCUAAAACAUUUGUACUCGAUGGUUCAGUGGCGUCCCCUGAGCUCGGUGGGCUAGCAGGGGACAGCAGCACACUAAGCCACAUUGCACCAGGGCCCAAAGAAACCUCAUUUACUUUUCAGAUGGAUGUGAGUAACACAAGGGCGAUCCGCAGCUGGACCCGAGACGCAGGGUCGGAAGUGGAAGCUCACAGUGUGUCUGACCGUGGUGGCUGGAGAAUUGCUCACAGUAGGACUGAGCAGGUCACCAGCAUGAGCUCUCAGGCCUCCGCUGGGGAUGGACACCAGACCCGCGGAGAGAAAGGUGAGGAGCAGGCUGGAUUUGACAAGACCGUGCAGCCGCAGAGAAUGGUAGACCAAAGGUCAGUGGCCUCAGAGGAGAAGAAAGUCGCCCUUGUCUAUCUAGACAACGAGGAGGAGGAAGAGGGCGAUGGAUGGUUUUGAUAAGCGGAACGAUCUUGUCUUAAAUGGCGCUUUGGAAACAUACCACUACACACAGCCUUUAACAUACCAAUAUACAAAGCCUUUACUAAUUGUAUGGGGGAGGGGGAGGCUGGUUAUCAAUACCUUUAUUUAGAGAACCUGAGGUGGAGUCAGUUUGCUUUAGAAUUCAUCUGUAAAGGUUUGAGAGCAACUCUGGCCUUUUAAGGCUUUCAGAUUUUACAUUUGAGCUGAGACUUUUGCAGACACUUUUCAUCUUUUUAGUCUUAAAAAGCUCCUUUCUCUAAAGCUUUCUUUCCACAUAUGGAGAGAGUUUGUAGAGUUUUGCAUCAGGUCACAGGCGUGACUUACUGCUGUUCUACUGUUUAUCUAUAAGCAAGACACUUUAACAUUAACAUUAACCAGAUUAAAAUAAUAUACUUAAGGGUAGGUUUUAUUUGCAUGUGCUAAUAUCCAACAGUAGACUAACACUGGGAAGGAAAAUACAUAGAAUGUUUCCCCUUCCUAAGUCUUUUCAAAAAUAAAUUAUAGAAGGGCUGGAGAGAUGGCUCAGUGGUUAAGAGUUUGUACUGCUCUUGCAGAGAACCUGAGUUCAGUUCCCAGCACCCAUAUCAGGGGGCUCACAACCACCUGUAACUCCUGCUCCAGAGGAUCCGAUGUCCUUUCUGGCCUCUGUAGGCACCUGCACUCAUGUGCACAUACCUACACACACACACACACACACACACACACACACACCAAUAAAAACAAAAAUAAAUCUUAGCCAGGCAGGGCACACGCCUUUAAUUCCAUACUUGGGAGGUAGAGGCAAGCAGAUUUCUGUGAGUUCAAGGCCAGCCUGAUCUACAAAGGGAGUUCCAGGACAGUCAGGCAUACACAAAGAAAUGCUGUCUCAAAAACAAAAUAAAAAAAAAAUUAUAGAAAGCGCAAGCAAGACUUUAUGUUUGAAAAAAAAAUCUACUAGAUGAUUUAAGGAAGUUACUUAUCAGAGAUUUAAAAUUAUUUUCAGUUUGAAUGAAUUGCUUUCUAUGUACAGAACAUUUUUAAAAAGAGGGCUUAGAGUUAUUUAUGGAAAGCCCAGCUGCGGUCUUAUUGAUGCUUCAGAUCCAUGUGACUGUCCUGAUCGUACAGAUUUGCCAGCAUGGCCACAGGCAUGGCCAGCUGAGAACUGCUCAUGGCAUCAUUUCGGGUCUUUACAGUACUCGGCUGAGAUAGCAGAGCACUUUUCUGGGAGUAGCUACCCCCUGCUAGAGCAGUGGCUCUCAACAUGUGGAUCGAAUGACCCUUUCACAGGGGCCGUCUGAGACCAUCAGAAAACACAGAUCCUUACAUUAUGAUUCAUAACAGUAGCAAAAUUACAGUAAUAAUUUUAUGGUUGGGGGUCACCACAACACAAGGAGCUGUAUUAAAGGAUCGCAGUGUUAGAGGGUUGAGAACCACUGGGCUGUGUUCGGCCUCUCCGUGCUGUAGUCCUUAUGACCGGAACAUUCACUCUCCCUGGUAAGAGGCAGCUGUGUCGGCAGUGAAGACAGCACAGGUGAUUUGACUGCAGCUGGACUGGCAAAUUGGUCCUGGCAGGAACAUAGAAGUCCAAAGUAGCUAGUGCUUCCCAAACAAGUGAUUCCGAACUCACCUCUCAUGGGCUGGAGGUCUUUCUGAGCUCCUAGAAUGAAGGAUAAAAAGGCAGCAGCACAUACAAACCUCAGAAAAGCUUUUUGCACUUUGAACAGAAAUCAUGAGGGUUGGGGGAUUUAAGUGUUUAGCGGAAGGAACCAGGUGCUUCCCAUGCAAUGCAGCGUUGAGGCAUCCAGGACAGGCUCUGACAGAGGACAAAACCCCGACCCUCAUGGACCACCGAUCGUGGACCUGAAGCUGUGCACCACAGGGUUUAAUAGGAUGAGUGUGCUCAUUUGGAAUUGUCCUUUUACACAUGGAUAUUGUUUUUAAAACUCCCAUCGCUGAAGAUUCGGCAUCACAUAAAAAUGGCCUCGACAGGGCAGUAUUCUGUGAGCGCAGAAUGGCAGCUCUGACAUGUCUGAGCUGGGCUUUUGAACGCAGGCCACAGAAUGGCCUGUAGGGCGCUGAGGAAGAAGGAUCCGAGGUGAUGCCAUCUUCAGGGAGGGGAGGAGCAGGGUGCAGGAGGGUCUCCCUUCCUGUGUGUCUCACGGGGCACAUCUUCCCCUCUGGUUCCAGCAGCUGGGUGAUGCAGAGUGAGUUUUUUUCAUUGCUAAGGGGAAGAGAAACGCAGCAUGGCUUAAGGUGGUCUGCUUUGCAAACACCUUGCACUGGGGUACAGGAAGGAAGCAGGUGUGAAUGGAAUGUUUAAGCCUUUGUUACCCGUAAAGAUGAACUCCUGGGUGUCAGCCUGAUGCAGAAGUUACUGCCUUAACCUGUCAUUUCUAACACUGUCAGGGAUGCGCUGAUGGAUUUUUUUUUUUUACUGUAAUCAGCAAGUCUGAGUGAUUUAUUAAAAUGUGGUCGAGGUGACAGCCUUGCUGUAAUGACAGGAGACAGAGUGACAAUGUGGAGUUUAUUAUGAGACUAAGUGGGCCUAGCUGAUGCCAUUGCCUUAGUCCAUGAACUUACGGAUGCUAGCAUGAACAGGUUAUAAAUAUCACGGCCACCUCUACUUGUUCUGAAAAAACAGAUGUCUUAGUAUUAAAUAUUAAUUUUCAUCGCUAAGCUGGAAUGCGCAGCAAGGCAGUGUUCUGUUUGAAGUGUUAACCAGGACGGAGGAGUCCUCAGCUGUCAUUGCUCACUAGGUCACAAGGGCAGGGAUCUUCUCUGUGACACUGUAGCACGCCACCCCGAAGCUCCCUGAGGUUUUUGAAAGCAGUCACUCUGGAGUCAAAUCAACACUGUGGUAGGGCAGGGAGGGUGGGGACACACCCUGUCUCUCCCAGUCUGUUAUUGUUGAGACUACAAGACACUGAAUGUUUCUCCGCUUUCCACUGGUUGUUUUGAUAGUUUGUUUAAAGUGUUUAUUUAGAAUUAUCUAAGAAGCUUAUUUUGCUAACCUGUUCCCUACAAAGGGAACUGUCACAAGAAUGUGUAGAAAUAAAGAUCUGAGGGGAAAAAAAAUC